CGCUCAGUAAUGGCUGACAGCGUUAACGCCAAGUUACGGCAAGUGUGAAAAUUUUAUAUAACGGGCAAUCUAUGGAAAGGAUUUACUCUAUAACCACGCAGAAGCAAGUAUUAAGAUGAGUGAUGAAAGUGGUCAGAGGGUCUAUCAAGUGAGAGGAAAUGGAAUGGAUAGCAAGCAGACAGGAGUGGGCAGCCUGGGACAGAAAAAUACCCAGACAGAGCUGGUGCAAGUUCCCCCUGUGGUUGUCCACACGCAAGCUGGAGUUGCCUUAAUGCAAACAGGGAUUUUACAUAAUCAGCCACUUGUACAUACCAACAUUAAUGCACAUUCCCAAGUCCAAACACACUCGCAGAUCAGUGCCCACACUCAGACACUGCAGAGUCUCGGACAUACUCCAACUCAUGUCCAUGUUCAACCUCAUACAACAAUACAGCAGCAGACUCACUUGCAGCAGGACAAUCAGAUCCAACAGCAAGCAAUUAUACAACAACAGACACCAGCACAACAGAAACUUGUACAGCCACAAACCCAUACCUCAUCACAGACACUUUCCCAGCCUCUUACAGAAGUGUCCCCCCUAACAAGGGCUCUCCUGGUGUACACACAACCACAGUUACAAGCAGAAUCUCAGAUCCAGACCCAGGAGAUCCACACCCAGCCGCAGGUACACACCCACACCCAAAUCCACACCCACAGCCCAGUGCAGAUUCAACCUCAGAUCCACUCCCAAGCUCAGCUUCACAUCCAGGCUCAGGUGCAUACAAACUCCCAAGUACAAGUCCAGUCUCUUACGCAUGCACAGCAACAGCAUGUGGAAGUGCAGCCUCAGCUCUCCCACUCUCAGUGUUCACUACAGCCACAGCUGCCUACUGCUGCCCAGACACCAAUAAUGCACACUAUUGCUGAUUUAGCAGAAGUACAGUUGCAGAGUUCAAAUCAGCAAGCAACAAAGGGCAGUGAUGGCCUGAUUGCAGUGCGUGUACCAGUAUCACGGCAGCAUGACUCAUCUGCUUUCAACACACGUAACCUACAAGCCACAAGUCUUGAACUUGGCCAGGUUCAAACUGCAAAUUCGCAAACUCAGCUCAAUCAAACUCUCACAUCCAUCUCCCAGGAGCUUAGUACCUCACUCAACCAGGGCCAGAUAGUGGAUGCCUUAGGAACAGAGAGGGUGUUCGUAGCAUCGAAAAAUAACAAUGUUCAGUCAUCAGUCACUCUCGGAUCUUCUGUUACUUCUGUUGGAAUUGAUGGCAUACCUGUGAUGCGACUGCAAGGAAAUUUCAACAUUCAGCUUGAUGAUGCUUCCCUCCCUAUGAUGAAUUCACCAAAGACCUCCUCUAAUACUGAAGUACCUCUUGUGCAGCAGCUAGUAAAUUCAGAUAUAACAACAACUCAGUUAGAUACUACUCAACUUACAACUGCACCAGUCAGUAGUUUGCAUGUAAUUCCACAGGGAGGUAUAGCACCCUCAGAAGUCAAGAAGAAUAAUGCACACUUUAAUUCUUUGAUUUCUAAUAACAGAUUGUUGAAUAAAAUGCUUGAUACUGUCAAACCUCACAUUCCGUCCCAAGUAUCAAAACCGGCAGAAAUUGCUCACCUUUUGCCGAAUCCAACAAUUAGAACCACUAGUGGACAACGCAUAGAAGAGCUUGAAGACAGUUCAGUAAUGGCUUUUGCAGCAUCCAGUCGUGGCACUAGUCCACUGACUACUUCAGCCAACAACCCAGGUGCCAGCAUAUGCACAGUGACAGGGGCUCUGCAUGGUUCCAGUGGGUAUGGUGAUUCGGUAGAUAAAACUGCUACAACUUUGCAACUAGAUAGUAUUGUAGGACUUUCAACAAACUUCCAGGUUAAUGAUAAUACUUUAAUACUUCCUUCUUCUAUGGCUCAGGGACAAACAUCUCAGCAAAGACAAUUUGAUAAUUUACAGCAGAUUCUUGGCACUCAGGUUACGAAACAAAUUGUUGACCCACAGUUAGAUGAUUUAAAAGGUGAUCAACUCAGAAUUUGGUCCACUACUGUACCAACAACACAAUUGAGCCAAGUAACAACAAGUAAUGCAUCAAAUAAUAUCACUUCUGUGGGACAUUCAGCAAUAGAAAAAAAUAUGAAGAGAACCAACCUACAAUCAGUGAAUCAAGGUAAUGCAAACCUGAGAUCUUAUAAUGUUAUGUGUGUACCAGAAGGGUUGAAUAAAACAGGAAUGCUCCUAGACAUGCCUGUUAGACCACAGGGAAGUGUUUGUACAAAAUCAGGCUUGAUAACUUCUAUAGAUCCAAUGUUCCCCACAGUUGUUGUUACUUCAGGCAGUUCCUCCCCAACAUCACUUGGAACUUAUGGUACCUCUAAAACAUCAAGCACUUCCCAGGAAGGUACAACUCGUGUAAGAUUAGCAGAUCUUCUAAAUAGAGGAUCAAGCACUGAUACCUUGCUGGGGGGUGGUACAAGUCUGUCACUAAUGGGGUUAUCAGAGAGCCGACUUCCGCACACUGGUGAUGUGCUCCUGUCAGAGUUGCACCGUAGUGAUGAGAGUGAUCUGAGCCUAAGUGCCUCUUUGACUGGCUCUGCAGGUGAUGAGCUUCACAGCAAUGCAAAUGCUCUGGUAACAGAGGCUUCUCUUGGACCUGGGAUUGGAGGAGACACUGCACCACUCCAAGGAUUGCCAUCCCCUCCACUUCCAAGUUUUAGUUUACCAAAUAUAACAUCUGAUUUCAUUGUAAGCGGAGUAUCAAAUAAUAAAGCCUGUCCAUCAAACCAAGGUCCACUUCCAGCUUUGCUCUCAAAUUUGGCUACAACAGCUGACCUUGAUCAAUUUUUAGAAAAUUCCAACAUGUGUAUUGACAUGAAUAGUCUUUCAGAGUCUGAUGCCUCCCUAAGCACAGGUCCAGGUACAUUUGGUUAUUCACCAGAAAAGGCUGAUAAUUCAAAGAAAUCCUCCUCAACAAACUCAGCAGACCUUACUUUCACUAGUGCUCUGAAAGCUGCCACCAAUAAAUCAGAAAAUGAGCAGCUGAAAUUAAGCUCAGAAUUAGAGUCUUCCAGUAGACUACUUCUACACCAGGACUCAAAUGUGCUAAUUGAAACCACAAAGUCCUCCACACCAGUGGCUUCCACAAAAAAUAGUGCUCCAGGGACAUCCAGUGGUAAUUUUUCAUCAUCACAGGUGUCCUUAGGAACACAGAAGGUACAUUCAAAUAGCUCAAAGAAAUCUGAAGGUCAAGGUAGUGCCAAAAAUACAGGUCAUAGUGAGAAGAGGAAAGAAAUAUUCAGAAAGAAUGAACUUCUUGUACAACAGGUAGCUUGCUUCAAGUGUCGCCUAUGUUCCUGUUUGAGUCAGGACAGGAGCCUGAUGGUCAAACACAUGAAAGAAAUGCACAGUCAGUAUCUCUCAGAAUCCGAAGAAUCAGAAGAGGAGGUGGAAAGACCUGUGUCAAAAAGAGUUAAAGUCUUUGUGCCAAGGAGUGAGAGCAGCCAGUCUGAGGGUUCUCCACCACCCAAUCCUCCGAGUAAAAGUAAAGAAAAGUCAAGCAAAAAGAAACAGAAAGAAUCUGUGGUGAAAGUGGAGAAUCCCAAAGCAGCAUCAAGCAAGGGAAAGAAAAAGGUGAAAGUAGAAGAAGAGAGACAACCCAAUGGGACUAUAGGGGUAUUCAUAAAAGCAGAGCCAAAAGAGGGUGACUUAAUAGUAAAGAAAGAGCGUGAAAAGGAGACAGAGGAGGAUGAAGACCUCCAAUUGACAAUAGAAUUAGAAAACAGAGGAGAGAAUAGGAGCGAUCAGGACUAUGAUGAUGACGACACCAAUGACAGUACCACAACGAAUGACAGCGGUAGUGUUAGCUCCGUGAAAACGUACCUUGGCAAAGGUGAUCAGCCUUUGUACAACAAAAAUGCAGGCAUCAAAUUGAAAAGGAGUAAUUCCAAAGUUCGUUUGCCUGACAAAAGCCAUGGUAUCAAGUGUGAUGUAAAUGGCUGUAAUGUAAGGCUGAAGAGCGAGAGCAAUAUUUCAUAUCACCGGAAGUGUCAUGUAGAGAAUUCCAUGCAGUGCCAGGAGUGCCCCACAAAGUUUGGAACAUGGAGGGACUUGGCUCUUCACCUUUGGCGACACCACCUCAUUGACAUAGAUUUGCACAAGUGUGAUAAGUGUGACUACAAGUGUUAUAGCUAUAGCAAACUGAUGAAUGUGCAUCACAAGAUUCACAGUGACGAGAGGCCCUCCCUGUGUGACACGUGUGGCAAGAGGUUCAAAACUACA